GUUCCAUCCGGUUAAUGAGGAAAUCACAGAAGUUGAGAAGCUGCAACAAAGUUUUAAUAAAACAUCAGCUAGCAUUAAUGAAUAAGACUUGAGCUAAGACAGCUGUCAUAAAAAAUAAACGUAUACAGCUUAUCCAUCGGGACCAUCCUAUUGUAUGCUUGAUCAAAAUGCCUCAAGUUUUUCUUAUAUACUUGUCAGGGUUCAAAUUUGACACAUCUUUAUUCAUUUCAAUGAACCUAUUUUUAUAUUGGGAUUUGUGAAAAGUCAAGUCACAACACUCAACUCCACUGACAUCAGUGAUCACUCUCAAGUCAACAAGCUGUAACUGUAAACAAACAUAAAUUAACAUAAAAGAGUAGGCCUUCUAAUUGUCAUCAAUGAAAAAUAGUGAUUUAAGCUUUGAACCAGCAUUAUUUUAAAUUAUUGAUUACAAAAUUUAUAAGUAGUCUCUUACGUCUUAAGUCUCUUUAAAUUAAUGUUAAAUUAUACACUACAACAACUACAGCAUGAUACCUUUGGCUGUGGCAUGUUCGCCGACUUCAAUAAAUGAUGGACUUUAAUUCACCGGCAGAUAUUGCCUCAUCAGAAGUAGAAGGAAUGACAAUGUCUCGCAGUUCAACUUCUUCAAGCAAUGCCUCUAACAGUGAACAGAUUUAUCCUUCACUAGAAAAUUUAUAUAAAUCAUCCGAGGAUGAUGAUGAAUUUGAUACCAUAGCACUUGAUGAGACACAAUCCAAUUCCCUUGGUCGUAAGAAGCGCUAUCUUUACCCUAAGAAAGAAUUUGUAGAAGAGUUACGACCAGAGGAAAUUCGGUGGUUUCACAGAUAUGAUGGUGGUAAAAAAUGGAUAGCAUUUAUAGGUUAUGAUUCUCUUAGGAUAGAAUGUAGAUAUAGAGCACUUAAUUUAAGUAAUGAAAAUGGAGAUCUAGACGAAAAUGAAAAAAUUCUUGUUAGAGGUGGCCUGUAUGAAGUUGAUGUUAAAGAGAAAAAGUGUUUGCCAGUUUAUUGGUCAGGUAAGCAGGUUUUAAUUUAUCAUACAGAGCAGAAAAAGCUUUUAAAGAAAAUGUAUUAGGUUUUCUCAUUUCCCAAGGUUUUGCUUAUCAGGAUUAAAGUGUCUUUCUUCCUGGGAUAAAGUUAAUUCUAUAGAAAUAUAACAUAAACUGCAUUAAAAUAUGAAAGAGCGGAUUUUAAUAGUUUAAUGUUUAUAAUUUUUUUAAUGAGGUUUUAUUAAGGACAUUUUUUGGAAUAUAUACUCUGGUAAUAACCCCCCCCCCCCCCCCCCCCACCUCCACCCUCUUUCCCCAUUUUUAAUUUUUUUUAAAGUACACUAUUAUUAAAAUAAAAACAAAUAAUGAUUUUUCUUUUUAACUGAAUCAAGAAGUAGAAAUUCAAUUCACGGUUAUUCUAUACUAAGCUCAUUCAUUAAUAACCAGGUAUUAUCAGUAAGUUCUACAACAAGUUUUCAUUUUCUCAAUGCCUUCUUCAGAAGAACCAUCAGUCAUCUUGAGAGGGUUGUGGUUUGAAGAAGGCACAUGGCAACCACUGGAAGAAAGUUUUACAGCAGAAAUCGAAGCUGAACAUCUUAGCAAGUUCAAAGAUAAGCGACUUGAAGAAGCACCAGAAUCACAGAAAGGUCCAAAACCAGGUAUCAUCAUACCCAUUAAAAAUAUAUAUGAACUCUGCUUACCUGAAAACUUUAAACCUUAUGCUAAGUUAAUGGUUUUAAGAUAAUUGAUCAAGAUCCAGUUCAUCUAUUGGAUUUUCCAUGCCAUAUUUUCAAUGUUCUAACAUAAAAACAUAAAAUCGUACACCUUAUUUUAAAACAUAAACCAUAGUUAAUGAACCGACCUGAUAUCCAUAGGAUUACCCUAAAGUCUUAAAUAAUAUUGGUGUUGAUUUACUAUAAAAUGAGCCAAUAAAAUCCAGUGUGAAUGAAACCUAUGAUUUUUUCACUAUUUUUUAAGCAUCAUCCCUAUGUUGUUGUUUUUUCAGUAAUUCACAACAUCAGAUUUAAAGACUUUCAUGUUGACUGGAAUGCAACCAAUGAAAUCUACAAAUAUAAUGAAUCAGCCUCUUCAAAACUGAUUCGAAAUGUUCGGCAGUCUUUAGGAUGGCAAAAAUGUAUGUUAUACCUGUACAUAUAAAAUGUUCUUUGGUUUUGAGAGUUCAUCAUCUGAAAGAAGUUUUUUAUCAGUUUUAUACAGUAAGAAAAUUCAAUAUCUGGGGGGUUUUUUCAAUAUAGAUUCAUUUAGAAAAUGUUUGCAUCAAUACUAGCUGUUUUUAAUACUUUCAAGAUAAGAGAGAUAAAAAGUGCUGGAAUGAACCACAUAUAAUAUGGUACUGGUACAAAUUAAAGCUGCAUUGUAAAAAUUGUCGAUACGUCAACCAAUUUUUAUGGGGAACUUUAUACAAAAAAGACCUAGUAGCCAAAAACGUUGGUCACUCAGUCAGUCAUAAUAUAUACUAAUCAUAUUAUAUCAUUUAAUAGCUGGAACCCGCAUACAUCGAGGGUAUUGUUAUGAAGCUGUGAUGGAUGACAAGCCACCUGACAUAUGUCAUCUUGUUUUUGUCAUUCACGGGAUAGGUCAGAAGAUGGAUACUGGAAGUAUUGUUCGAUGCACCAAAGAGUAAGUUUUAUUGCAGCAGAUAAUUCAUUUUGUUUCAGAUACAACACCAGAAAAAUGCCAUGAAAAAGAAAUUUUGAUUUACAAAAGUUAUGUUGUUACCUUUUUUCCAUUAAUCUUUACAAUGCACUGCUCAAAAUACAAAAAUGUAUUGUCUUGUAUAAUCGUUUGUGCCAUUCAUUCAGCUGAUACAAAAAUAUAUCUAUCAGCAUUACAUCAAAUAUGGUAGCAAGAAGUGGAUGUAGUUGCAUUUUCAAAAUAGAAGUCCCCUUUGAUCAUAUGAAAAGUUUUUAUCAAGAAAAAAAAUUAUGAUUACAUCGUUAAAUGCUUCAGAACUCUUGAAAACAAUAGGGAACAAGAUGUUGAUAUAAUGAAUGUUUGGAUGAGAUCUUGUGUGGAGAAACUUGCUGAAUGAAACUUGCAGUUAUGUUUUCACAGGUUGAGAGACCGUGUUAGAUACAUGCGGUCUAAAAUGUUUCCAGAAUUUGAUGGGACAAGCCAGAGAGCAGAGUUUCUUCCAGUUCAGUGGAGGUCAUCCCUUAAGUUGGAUGGAGGUAGCCCUAGUUUACUGAUAGCAUACUUGCAUAACAAAUGUUUGUUGCAUAUAGUAUUAUAUGAAAUAUAAUUUAUUAUGGUUUGGCUAGCUAGACUGGAAAAAAAAAUGGUCAGCCAUUAAUUACUGUUGAAGCUGUACCUUGAAGAGAAAUAGAAAAGUCACACAUUUUAUCAAUGUGGUAUGAUACUGUUCAAAAGAUGAAUUAUGUUGCCAGGGCCAUAAAGAUCAACUGAGGUGGGCCUACCCCAGAGUACAAAAUAGCCCUUCGCAAGAAGAAUGGAGCUGCUUGCACUGGCUUGCUUCCACUCCAACACAUUUUUAUACCAGUGUUUUUGAUGAAUGGACUUGUUCAUUCCAUAUGUGAUCUAGUUCAGUGUUUCCCAAACUUUUAAAAGGUUUCGAAAUUGCACAAGGGACCAGUGCCAGAUUUAAUAAUUAGUUUAUCUUUUUAUCUAACCAUGAAUGUUCAUGUUGUGAGGACCAGCAAUAUAAGGCUUAGGGACCGUUGACCACACUUUGGGAAACACUGUGGGUGAUUUAAUCUUAAAAAUGUAGUAAUCAUAAUUUAUUUGUUACUUGUGUUGCUACUUAAUUUAAAAAAACACUUUUACAACCAAGUGGGAUUUUCCCUCUAACUUUCUAUUUGUCUUCAUUACAGAUACAGUGGAGUCUGUGACUCCCCACAAGAUGAAAGGUGUGCGGAGUGUCCUCAACAGCUCGGCCAUGGAUGUGUUGUAUUAUACAAGUCCUUUGUACAGAUCAGAGGUCAGUGUUGGGGAAGUAGCAGUUUUAUCAUUAACUAACACCCUAAUUUAUGACUAUUAGACUAGUAAAAAGUACUCAGAUUUAAUACAUCAAAUACUUGGAACAACACCCUGAAGAAAAUGUCCACCCGUCAGAACACCAAUCCCUUAACUGAAUUAUCUGUCAUGUUUUAAUCCCAUCUGCCGCUCUGUCUGUGUCCUAUGACCUGGGAUAAAUGCAUUCUGUCUGAUAAUUUCCCAAAUUUUGACUUCAGUAUAUCUAAACUGAUGCAUCUGUUGAGUAGAGAUAGUUGGGUUUUUUUUUAGAUAUAAAAACUUCUCAGUUCUGAUUUAUGUAAACAUGGGUGGAUUACCCUGACUGUUACAACUUCCAGUUAGCAUUUAUUUAGUAUUUUAAAAUGAGAAGGCUGUCAUCACCCCAUGCCCAAACAGAGCUCUGACCCCUUGUUGAUCAGCGAUUGGGUCCAUCUUGAAAUGGCAGACUGGAAUUUGCAACCCAUGUUAUUGAACAGUUUAUUAAAGGUCAAAAAGUUUGUCUUGGGUUUCAUCUGGAACAAGUUAACCCCAUUCUGUACUGAUGUAAGGGUUAAUGUGACUAAUCCACUUAACUGACAAUGAAGAUGUUGAUGUUUGCUUGGGUCUCAUACUUUUGUGUGCCCGUCUUUGUGAAAGUGUUCAUGUGUGCACAUAAAAUUAUAUUAACACUGCAUAAAUAUUUAGUGUAGUGGAAUAUUUCGUUCAGCUCACUCUAUUUUCACCCUAGCACAAAUGAUAGAUUAGCUGAUUAUGUUAUCUGAAAAGUUAUUUGAUAUUUUCUGUGUGUAAUAAAUAUAUGUCCUAUAUCUAAUUAUUACACAUCUCCUCUUCAAAUUUGGUCCCCUGCUUUAAUGCAUGAUCUGCACCUUUUCUUGACCUUAUAUAACAACUCACUUUAACUCUAUACUUUAAAUAGCAUACUUUACUGCUCUAGGCCGUACCAGGAGCUGACCUGCCAAUAAACUCACACUUUUGACUCUUGUACCUGACAAGUAAUUUCAUUUCAACACCUGUUAAUUUCAACCCUUAUGGCCUAUCUCUGUUGAGCACUUGAAUUUGGUUCUGUCUUUAGAAAAAAAACCUGCACAUCCACUUCUGGGGAAAGUCCUGCUAUAUUGUAUUUAAUAAAUAUAUUGUUUGUAUUUUUAACAAAAUGUGUCUGCAAUUCAUGGUCCCAUUUUCUAAAAGGAAAUGUGGAUGUUUCGGCUUAGAGCCUUCAUCAGCAAACUAGACAGAAAGAAGUAUGACAAGUAUCAGAGCACAGUAAAAAAAAUACUUAAGUGCAAAUCUUUUGUCCUGUCUAUUAAUUCAAGUGUAGCAUACCUUGUUCUUGUAUUUCAUUGACACAACUUUGGUGCAGUCUAUUUAUUAUUAUCCUAUUUUCCACAAAAACUUUACUAAUUUAUUAUUCAGAGCGUAUUUUUUCUUAAAUGCCGUAGACCUUGGUCGACCGUUGUCCAACCAAGAGUCAAAAGUGAAGAUUCAUCAGCAUGUGGUUGACAGCAAGUCAUAAAUAAAAAUUAAUGACAAUAAAUUACAACUGUUGUAGAACAAUGACAUGAUUGCUAGUGAUAUGAUUGCUAAUUAUAGAAACUAUAUGUGUUAAGGUAGAACCACAAAGGACAUAAACCAUUCAUUAAACUACACAUGAAAUAGGAAUAAUUGUUUAAGCUAAUAGUCAAAUAGGAUAAAAUAUAUAAUUACCCACUUUUGAGUUCUACAUGUUUAUAACACUGUUCCAUUGAUGUGUCUUAAACCACUGUUCUAUCAGUGUGACUUCAACAAAUGUUCUAUCAACUUGUUUUAAAGCAGUAUGCUAUCGAAUUGUCUUAAACCAAUGUUCAAAAUCCACCUCUGAAUUUUAGACAUUGAUCAUUUCUUGUUUCAACACUAGAUCACCAACAGCCUGAAAACUGAGCUCUCCCGACUGUAUCAAAUGUUCUGCUCACGACACCCUUACUUUGAGCCAAGUAAUGGCAAAGUCUCCAUUGUUGCCCAUUCUUUAGGUGAUUAUUUGCUAGUUAGAUACCACAGGAUGCUGCAUGACAGAGAUGUAACAACUGCCUUAAGUGACAUGUAGCAUCCAGAGGGCUACCUAUCCACAAAAUAUUUACUUACUAUUACUCAGAUCAGAUGUAAAAAUUAAUUUUGUUUGUUACACCGCUGAUGCUAGAUAAAUAAUAAACUGCAUGAUAAUACAUUGUAUUAGAGGUGUUAAAUGCAAGUUUCUAAUACAUCAUGUAUUACCGAUAGCCAGAAAUUCAUGAUUAGCCUGGAGUAGAAUGUAUCGCACCGUUUUAUAAAUGUAAAAUAUAGCUUAAGCUGAUAGACAUAACUGUGAAAUCCCUUAGCCUAGCAACGGUGUAACCCCUAACCCUAGAAACAUAAUCAUAACUAACAUCUUGCCUAGGCUAAACAAAAAUGAACUGUUUUGUUUCUGAAUGAUAAGAUGAAUAAUAUAUUUAUUGUGUAGUAGAAUAACUUUUCUUCAGAAUUUGAUAACCUGUUACGAAACUGAUAUGUGGCUUGACUGUUGAUAUUGUGCACUGCAACCAAGCACAUCUUGUCUUUCUAAAGCAAGUCAAAUGCAGUCCCAUUGCAGUACUUAUUUAUAAAGUUACAUAUUGUUCUGGCAAUUUUUGUUGUACCAUCAAAUGAUUCAGCUGUUUACCUAAACCUAAAUUUAAUUUCCCUGGGAGACCAUUUUCUCAAUUUACACUGCAUUCUCUUAUAAAUUUAAUUCCAUGAAUAUGGUCAGUUUAAUAGAAAGUUCCUUUGUAAUUAUAACAUACAAAUAUUUAAACAUAGGAAGUAUUUGAAUAGGAGAUUACCACAGAGUAAAUAUAAUAAGUCUUGUGGGUACAUGCAUAUUGUAUAUUUCUGUAUAGAAUGCAAUGCUUGCUGUGGUACAUUUACUAAUACCGAAUUAAUUAAUUUUUUUUGGUUUUUUUAAGUUAGCUUAUUGAAGUAACCCAAUUCCUUGUCCUAUGUGCCUCUGUAGCUGUUGAAUGUGGCCAUGCAUGGAAAACUAAAAAAAAAAAAAACAACUUUUUAUAUACUUUACUUGAUUAAAUAGUUGAGAAAUAUCAAUCUGUUCAGUGUCAGCUGUUAACACCAGCAGAUUUUGAACACUUCUAUGCUGUAAAGAUAGCAUAUGUAAAGAUAGCUUAUGUAAAAAUAGCAUUUGUAAAGAUAGCAUAUGUAAAGAUGGCAUAUAUAAAGAUAGCAUAUACUACUUGAGUACCACCUCCAUGUUUUUUUUUGUACAUUUCACCUAUAUCUCUGCUAGGUGCUGUGAUCUCUUUUGACAUUAUCACUGGUUGGAAUCCUGUCCAUUUGUACGACCAGCUCAUGAAGUCUUUGUUGGUAAGUCAUCAACUGACUUUUGCCUCCUUACCUUACAGUAACUGUUUGACAUCAUGCAUCAAUGUAGAUGCAGGCUGGAAUGUGCCGUAGCACUGGUUAUAUUUAAUUAACUGUAACAGCUCAAUUGUUACAAUAAUAAAUUGUUUUGUAAUUUAGCAUUAACAUAAGUUUUAAAUUUUAUGUCAUGCGCAGAAGGAGAGGAAGGGACUUUUUGGAUAUGGUCAAGGAUGUUCACAUUGGAUUCAUGAAUGUUGUUGCCCUUGCAGUUAUAUAUCUCAUGGCAUCGGACUAGCUAUCGCCCAUUUUGAGUGUAUUAUGUAAUACAUGAAGUGCAUAAGAUCCUGACAAUUAUAUUACUACAACCAGGAGAUUUAUUUUAUAUUGUAAUCUGUAACGUAUUGUGAAUAAACAUAUAGUGGUGCAAUCCAUUGGACAUUCCUCAUGGUUUCAGUAAUUAUCGUAAUAAUUAUCAGGAAAACACUAAGUCACCAAUGCAAUGCUGGAUGCGUAUAUUCAGUUAUAAGGAUAAGCAACUAAAGAAAUAGUGUGGUCAACGUAUACAAUCAUAAGUCGUUACAUUAACUUUAAACCGAUGUUUUUUUUACAUGUUAAUAAUUCUUUUGACUCGCAUGCUCCUUCACACUUUAGAGACACAUCCUAACAAUCAUUGGAUAGCCAAAAUGUUUCACCGCAAUCAAUUGCUAAUUACAAUAUAUAGGUGGCCUUACCUGGUAAAUGAGACUUUCAAAUAUGAAGUAAACAAAUGUGUAAAUCUAUUGACAGGCUGAAGAAGAAGAAAAUGCUAAAGGUAAUAAUGAAGUGCUGCAAGAUGUUGACGUUGCUAAACAAAAGUAAGUGCCCUGUAAUGAAAGUCUGCUUUACAGAAUUUUUAAAAAAAAUACCCAUCAAACCUUUGAUACACAAUAUGUCACUGCAAUUAAUAAACUUGAGUUUAAUAAGUUUUACCUCCAGAAAAAUUUGGAGUGUGAGGUUUGAAGGAUAUGAGAUGAAACUCAACUAUAAAAAAAAAUAUUGAUGUAGCUACCAGCUACUUUAUGUCCUGGCAUCUGAUCAUGAAACUGUUGAAUUUUGAAUGAUCUGUCUUACAGUUGCCAGUGGUGCAGGAGUUUACUUGGUCAUUUAAUCUCCUUGAAUUAUUUUUUUUUUUCAGAGUUAAAGAUCUAGAAGAAAUGAUGAAGUCCAUUCGUGCCCGUCAAGGAAAGACAACCAAGUCCCUCCCAUUUAGUGUAUGGAUAACUUAUACUUUUAUUUCUCUUUGAUAAAUAUUAAUUAUGUCUCUAUUUUCCACUUAAUUUUUAUUGUUUAAUUUUUUUUAUAUAUAAAUGUAAAUGGAAUUCUUGUAAUUACUCAGAGGCUCAUUUUCUUUUCGUUAACUUUUAAAUCCAUAAGUUCUCAUCUGACUUACAAAUACAGCAUUUGGUUGUAAAAAUGAGUUCAUCCAGAAGCUAGUUUUUUCCACACAAAAAAAUUAAUUUAUUGAGGGAAUACUUUUGCUUAAACCUUCAAACCCUUGACCUAAAAUAACAACGCCCCUGGGCUCCUGGUCCUAAAAUAACAACGCCCCUGGGCUCCUGGUCCUAAAAUACCAACGCCACUGGACUCCUGGUCCUAAAAUAACAACGCCCCUGGGCUCCUGGUCCUAAAAUACCAACGCCCCUGGGCUCCUGGUCCUAAAAUACCAACGCCCCUGGGCUCCUGGUCCUAAAAUACCAACGCCCCUGGGCUCCUGGUCCUAAAAUAACAACGCCCCUGGGCUCCUGGUCCUAAAAUACCAUCGCCACUGGACUCCUGGUUCUAAAAUACCAACGCCACUGGGCUCCUGGUCCUAAAAUACCAACGCCCCUGGGCUCCUGGUCCUAAAAUACCAACGCCACUGGGCUCCUGGUCCUAAAAUACCAACGCCACUGGGCUCCUGGGCCUAAAAUACCCACGCCCGACCCGAGGACCAGGAUUUUAUGGAACGCCCCUGGGCUCCUGGUCCUAAAAUACCAACGCCACUGGGCUCCUGGUCCUAAAAUACCAACGCCACUGGGCUCCUGGUCCUAAAAUAACAACGCCCCUGGGCUCCUGGUCCUAAAAUACCAACGCCACUGGGUCUCCUGGUCCUAAAAUAACAACGCCCCUGGGCUCCUGGUCCUAAAAUACCAACGCCACUGGACUCCUGGUCCUAAAAUACCAACGCCACUGGGCUCCUGGUCCUAAAAUACCCAAGCUCCUGGAGUAAAUUUACAUAGACACACACAUAUAAAACUUAGAUUGAAUAAUUAAAUCAUACAAAAUUGUUAGUGUCAUUUAAAUUUUUUAUCUUUGCUCACUGAGUUUUCACAUGUGCACUUAUAGAUUUUCAUACCCCCAUCUCUCUUACCACCAUCUCUCAUAACCACAUCUCUCAUACCAUCAUCUCUCACACCAACAUCUCUCACACCACCAUCUCUCACACCAACCAUCUCUCAUACCACCAUCUCUCACACCAUCAUCUCUCACACCAUCAUCUCUCACACCACCAUCUCUCACACCACCAUCUCUCACACCACCAUCUCUCACACCAUCAUCUCUCACACCAUCAUCUCACACCAUCAUCUCUCAUGCCAUUAUCUCUCAUGCCACCAUCUCUCACACCAUCAUCUCUCACACCACCAUCCCUCACUCCGCCAUCUCUCAUGCCACCAUCUCUCACUCUGAGCAGGUUGAAAAUCUAUUCAGUAUUGGUUCACCACUGGCAGUGUUCUUGGCUCUGAGGGGAGUACGUCCACAGGGGAGUGGCUCAUCCAGCCAUAUCAUCCCAUGCACGCUAUGCAAACACCUGUUCAAUAUCUUCCAUCCGUCUGACCCUGUGGUAAGUACCAGAGGUUUUUUGACCAGUUUUCUAAACCCUCAGAAACAAGAGGACGUGGCCCACCCAAAAAUAUCGGGCCAAGAGAGGUAGACAAAGACGUAACUAAAACCAGAAAGAGUUGGAAAGAGAAGAUAGCAAGACACAGUAAGGCAUAGACACUUAUUGUUCAUGGCUGGUGCUCCACUGGGAUUCGAAAAGGCCUAGAAGAAUUUAACAAAAUUAAGAAUAACACGUUGCUUCUGUAAAAAUUUACUAAAUAAUGAAAACUUGGAUCGCCGAACAACCAUCAUUUUUCAAUAGAUGAAAACAACCUACACGAAGAAUAUUAAAAUCUUUGCAUAUUUUCUUCUGGGUGGUGAAGCUGGGAGCACCAGAUGAUGAUAUGUUUAGCAGAUGAAUUUUUAUAUCCAGUAACUUUAAAUUCCUUGAUUUGCCUUGGCCACAAUAAAGCUCUAGAAACUGUUGGGUCACUUUAUGUCAGUCAGUAGGUGCUGAAACGAUGUUUUCUUUUGCUUGAAAACUGAUAGUUAAAUAAUGGUGUGACUGAAAAGAAAAAUACUAUUAACCGGCUACACUUGAAAGUUAUCUACUAUCAAGUACAAAUGACUCUGUUUUAUCUUCACUUAGGCCUACAGGCUUGAACCGUUGAUCCUGAAGCACUACUCAACCAUUAUGCCUUUACAAAUUCACCACUUUUCUGCCCCAAAGAAGCUGCCUUAUUCCAAGAUUCCAAGCAGGGCCUAUGCUGCAUUCACCGGUGCUAUUGAUGAACUGACGAAAGACAAAUCUGGGAAGGAUGAGGACAGUGGAGAGGGCAGUGGGAGGGAGGAAGGGGGCAUUGACCCUUCUGUGAAGAAAUUCUCGCUUUGUGAGUGCUUGAUUCGCAUUUGAAUGAGAAUAAGCCGUUAAAAAUUAAAUUGCUAACAAUUGAUUCUGAUCGUGUGAUCAAGUGUUAAACAGGUCUGUUUCUUGUUUGCUCCCGUGCAGCUGGUUGGUUCAAUAACAGAAAGAAAAAAGAUACAGCAGAGAAGUUGUCUGCUGAACUUCAGAUGUUGAAUAAAAUGGGGAAAGUUUCUGAAACCCAGAUCCCAAGAGAGCUUGCGUACCCUGACACUGACCAAAUGGAUAAAACAGGUUGGAAAUAACAAUUCUAAGAAAACUUCAUCAAUAAUUAAUAAUGACUAUAUAUUAAGAGUGGGAAGUUCUAGAAAAUUGAAUUUGAUUGAAUAUUUUAUUUUUUCUCUGUCUUCAGUUCUGCAUUUUUUUUUAAUAAUAGGAUUUUCUUUACAUUUGACUAAGAUGUGGACUUUUGUCACUUUUAACAAUUUAAAUUCUAUUAGUUCUAAAUAAGUGAAUUAUUCUUAAUUUGUACAAAAUGCAUAUUGAGCGGGUUAUUUUUAAUGUAAGAAAUUGCUUUAUCAUAGGUUCUUUUUAAUUCUGUGACAUAGUUUCCUGUGACACGGUCUCUGUGACAUAAAAUAGUUGGAAUUUCAUAAAGAAUAGGACAGCAUUCUGACAUUUCCAGGUUCAAACCCUGGGCAGACAAAAUGACCACUCCGUCGGUCUGGGACAGUUAACUUUUGAUAACAAGGGGCUGGGACAGUUAUCAGGUUCAAAGAGAAAAUUACAGAAAAACAAAGCAAAACUAGCAUGCUGAAGUUGUUGGACUGGACCAUCAGAACAAGGUACUUGGCUGCUGGUACACUGUCACUCUGAUGCACGGCUGUCACUCUUAUACACAGCUGUCACUCUAAAACACAGCUGUCACUCUGAUACAUAGCUGUCACUCUGAUACAUAGCUGUCACUGAUACAUAGCUGUCACUGAUACAUAGCUGUCACUGAUACAUGGCUGUCACUUAUAUAUAGCUGUCACUGAUACGUAGCUUUCACUGAUAUAUAGCCGUCACUGAUGAUAUAUAGCUGUCACUGAUGAUAUAUAGCUGUCACUGAUACAGAGCCUUCACUAUCAUGGCUUACAGCUACAGCCUUACACCUUGUGUGUCUGUUUCUCUCUCUCUCUCUAGCAAUGCUGGCACACUUGUUUAGUAAGCAUUUCACUCUUUUUAUCAGCCUCAUCAAAUGUCAUUGCAUUGAAGGAAAAACGUUAUACCUGCUUCUGUUAAGGGCAAUUCAGUCUGAUUAUGUGGAGCACCUGCCAUUUUCUGAAUAAAAUGAACUGCCUACUGGCGUGCUGGAUGCAAUAAAUUAAUCUUCAAAAGAUUAUUUACUAAACAGUUAUUUUUUUGUUUAAAGUUUAGAUGCAAAACUGGCAAAUCCUCCUUCAAUUGUAUUGUGCAAUUUUGUACAAGCAUGCAGCCGUCAACAGAUCAUUUUUAAUCUAAUUGUUGGGAUGAAAGUGUUUGAAAAUGUCAUUUGAUUCUAAUUAGAUAAUAACCACAGGCCUUUCAUGAAAGCCAUAACAUAAUCUGAAUGUGCUUAUCUUGGGUGUGGGCAGUGGUGGUGGUUUUGAUUCUAAUUAGAUAAUAACCACAGGCCUUUCAUGAAAGCCAUAACAUAAUCUGAAUGUGCUUAUCUUGGGUGUGGGCAGUGGUGGUGGUUUUGCAUACUUUAUAUCUUUUUUGUUUUCCCUGGAGUCUUGAAAUAAAAAUAAAAUUUAUGCCCGUUCCUUGCGAAUGAUGGAUGAAGAGUUUUUAUUUUCCCCCUUUUCUAAAAAAGCUAAAAGCAUUUGGUGACCUUGGCAUUGAACAUCUAGUUUACCCAAUGUCCACAUAUCUUUUUAAAUACAUUUCUUAUAGUUAUUUGGCCAACAACUAUAUAUAUUCGGCUAAGCUCCUAAUUUGAAAGGUUUUUAUUAUAAGAGUCAAAAGUUUUCUUUGAAAGAGAAAAUCAGAUUUCUAGAGGUUUUUAUCCAACUUUUGGUAGUUUUAAUUUAGAUAUGGACAGAAAUCUUGUGUGCAAUAUUUGACAGCCAUACUAUCAAUCAAUGUGUCAGAUUUAUAACCUUUCUCAGGGUUGAGCAUCAAUAUACCAGGCUCCAUAUUCAAUUUAAUGUGUCUGGCAUGGGCUCAAUGUAAAUGUAUUAGUGCAAAUGUCAUUUUUGGUCACAUAAAAUCGUAGACAGAACUAAUAAGAAUAGAAAAAAUUAGAAUAAAAUCUUAGAAAUCACAAGAGUUGAAAUAAGAGCAAAUGAUAAUAAACUUAGAACUGAUGGCAUAUGACUAAUAAUAGAACAAUAUUAAUGAGACAAGUUCAUAUUUAAACAAAAAUGGAACUAAUAAAAGAACUACAUUAUUUACUGGUAUGGAUAUUGUUAUUGAACAAAACAUUUCAGAUUGAGGCCACAACCUCAAGUCUAAAGAGAACAUUUUACUGUUAGUCCUGUUACAAUAAAGUUUGAUGAGCUCUUGCUAUUCAUUAUUUGAAAUACUCCUUGGAAAUCAUGAUAUCUGCAUGUCAUUUAACCUUUGGCAAACAUAGCCUUGAAUUUUUUACCAAGGGAUAAUGUCUGAUGUUACCACAUUCCUUUUGUGCUUGUUAUUUUUAGGUGAUUUGGGAUUUUUAAAAUACAUUGAGAUUUUUUUCUGUUUUCUAACAUUACCUUUGGUAUCUUGUUUCAACUUUUAAAGUAACUUUGGCUUAUGCCCAUAGAUGAGUUAAAAAUUAGAAAUCAAAUUUUAAAAAAAAAAAAAAAAAAAAAAUAUUAUAUGUGAAAAUUAGUUUAAAAAAAAAAAAAAUUUUUAAAAUACAUUGAGAUUUUUUUUUGUUUUCUAACAUUACCUUUGGUAUUUUUUUUAAAAUUUUAAAGUAACUUUGGCUUAUGCCCAAAGAUGAGUUAAAAAUUAGAAAUCAAAUUUUAAAAAAAAAAAAAAAGGCAAAACUAGCACAUGGGAGACUUAGCUUUCCACUGAACAAAAUAUAAGAGAGGAAAUUCUCAGAGCUGUUUGUUUUUCCUAGCCUAAAAUUGCUAUUCUGUAAGGCUCAAUAAAAAAUAUACUGUUUUUUCACUGAAAUAUGAUUAAAACAAAGAAUCAUUUGAUUAUUUACAAGAAAACAUCCUUGGCUUAAGGACAUGCAUGACCAGGAAUAAGUUGAAAAACCCUAAGUAAGAAUUUUGUCAUUUAAUGUGUUGGUAGCUCACUUAUUAAGUUCCUGUUCCAGAGUUAGAAUACCGCAUGGACUUCCAGCUUAAGGAGCAAAGGAUGGAGAACAGCUACCUGUCCGUGCUCACGUCACAUACUUCCUACUGGACCAACAAGGAUGUGGCCUACUUUCUCCUGACACAUCUCCACCCCGAGCUGGAAGAGGAGGAGGAUAAGACGUUGUAGCAAGGGUGUUGAACUUAGACUGCCAAGAAUCAGGACAUUCCAUUACAAUUCCAUGCAAAUGGACAUUUGUUGAACACGAUAGGCAGUCACUUAUUUAAAUCCAGCAAUAGAACUUUUGAUUUAUUCAUCAUUAGAAAAUUGCUCUUAUGAUAUGACUUUCAAUCAUUAGUUUUUAAACUAAUUGUGAAGAUUCAAUAACACCAUUUAAUCAUUUAUAUUUUUAAAAAUAAUUAUUGAAUCACAUCAAUUACAAUGACCAAAAAAUAAUUUAUUGAAAUGCAAGAUAAAUUCAUUCAUCACAAUUUAUGCUGUAAAUCAUGUGAAUGGCAAUCAUACAAGAAAUUCAUCUCUGUCAUACAUGGCCACCACUCUAUUGACA